AUGCGGCGAUUCCGUUCCAUUGGCACUCAUGUCACCAUCCAACUGACCCGCCACGUCUCCUCUCCACCCCCCUUCCCCCCUUCUCCACUCUCCGACUCUCCGACUCUCGACGAUUGUUCAGCACACAGCGACAUUUUUCGCCCAUUCCUGCUUGGUGAAUCUCCCCCUUUAGAGUGGAAAAGCGCGGACAAGGCGGAACGCAAGCGAGUGCAGUGCCUAGGGACCUACCUAAUCCUGCAUCUAUACUUGUACUGUGCCUACACCGACCCUCAGACCCUGGAAGGCCCACCCUCGCCGCCGCCGCCGCCGCCACCACCACCACCACCACCACCACCACCCCCCACCAACACCGCCAAACUGUCACCCAUACUCCUCAACCGCACCUCUGGCCUCAGCUUCGCUGCCAGCCCGCGGCCCCGCCAACUAGACCCAUCCACGGCCAGCGCACCCAACAUGUCCCUGGAUGCAAAGGAGGCCAGGAGGCGUCGUAGCAGUAGUCUUGUCUACAAGGAGCCUCCAGAGUCGCUAGAGCAACUGAGUGACCAGUCGGCGCUGCCCAAUCUCAAUGCUGAAUGGGUCAACGCAAAGGGCGCAUGGGCCAUCCACUUCGUCCUCAUCUUCAUAGGUAAGAUCUUCUUCGACAUCAUCCCGGGCAUGUCGCAGGAAACUUCGUGGACGCUGGUCAACAUUUCAUACAUGGCCGGCUCCUACCUCAUGUUCCACUACGUGCGCGGCGUGCCCUUUGACUUCAACGCCGGUGCCUACGACAACCUCAACAUGUGGGAGCAGAUUGACAACGGCGACCAGUAUACACCAGCCAAGAAGUUUCUGCUUUCCGUACCGGUAGUGCUGUUCUUGGUUAGCACGCAUUACACGCAUUACGACUUGACGUAUUUCAUCAUCAACUUUCUGGCCACGAUAGCUGUCGUGAUUCCAAAACUACCCUCGGUACGUAUUCGCUUGAUCCCCGUGGUUUCUAGUGUCAGAAAGCAUCCGAAGCUAACCAACUCGAAACAGCUACACCGGCUACGGUUCUCGCCCUUCAAUGAUCCCCCGGACGAUGCGUAG